ACAUUUUCAUUUCUGACUUGUGUUAUUCAAAUAUUUCUUUUCCAGUUUUGCGUUUAGACAUUCAACUUUAUUAAUUUUGCUUCUACAAACAAUCAGUUUAUUAAUAUGAAUUAAAAUAUUCAUAGCUUAUUGAUUGUAUUAUUGCGGCAUCUAGUAUGAUUCGAGAGUUUUAUUGAUAUUAUAAUUUCUUAUUCGACUAAACACCUAUAAGACGUCAAAAUGAUUGAAUAUUCAGAUCCGGAAUUCGAAAAGAAGCUCAUGCUCUUAAAAGACACCCAGGAUGCAAUUCAAUCAUUGUCUUCAUGGUGCCUUAAACGACACGAACAUUACAAAAGCAUAAUCGCUAUCUGGUUAAAGGCUAUUAGGAAGGUGAAGAUUGAGAAACGCUUGACUUUGUUUUAUCUAGCCAAUGAUGUCAUACAAUAUAGUAAGAAAAAGAAUUAUAAGUUUAUUGACGGAUGGGCUACUGCUAUUCAAAAAGCUAUUCCUUAUGUUAGAGAUGAAAAAAUACAAUCUAAAAUUUUAAGAAUUAUUAAAAUCUGGGAAGAAAGAGGUGUUUAUGAUGAUAGUUAUUUGGCUGAUUUAACUGGUUUGUUAACUACGCCAAUUCAGAAAUUAAAGUUAGCUGAUCCUGUACAAGAAUUUCAAAUACAUGCAUUGGCAGUUAAAAUACGUUCUUGUGUUAAACUGGAACAGAUUACAGACUUGAAGAUGAAGAAUUUAAGAGAAGCUAAUUUACCUCUUACUAAUAAUGAAGCUAUACAGAACAUGUUAAAAGACCGAACACGGAGUCAUGAGUUUCUUAAUGAAUUAAAUGAUGGCAUGUUAAAAAUUGAAAGUUACAUUAAAUGCCUCAAACGAGAAACUAUUGAUCGUGCUCAACUAAUAGAUGCUUUAGAAGUUGCUACAUCUUAUUAUGAAGAACAAAAUGGCGAAGUUAAAACUGUUGCUCAAGCAUAUUUUAAUUACACUAAAAGAGUAAAACUUCUGAAGAGUAAAUUGGAAUCUUUAGUUGGUUCUAUGCCAACAGACAGUCCAAUGCCUUCCCCUGAUAUUAACGCACCAUCCCCUUCGAGUUCUUCAGUUUCUAUUGAAGACUUAACUGUACAUAAUAUUAAUUAUGACACUGUAUUAAACUCUGAUAAAUAUAUGAUAAAUUCUUCGAUGGAAAAUAGCAUCAAUGAUUCUGAUAUUUAUGUGCCCACUACAGUUAUUAAUAAUAUUAAAUCAUAUAUUGCUCCUGACACAUACACUACUGUUCAAGAGUUGUAUGAUCCAGCUUCUGUGAAUUUUCCAGCAAUAGAAAAUCAAGAUCAACAAUCAUUAACUAGCCAGUUUCCAUAUGAUGCUCCAUCACCACCCCCAGAUGAGACUUUUGCCUAUUCAGCAUUUCCUAAUCAAACGGAUAUAUCAUAUACUAAUGAUAUAAGUCAUCAUGAUAAAAGUUCCACAUAUUCUACGAGCAGUUAUGAAGCUUAUGUGCCUACUCCAAUGCCAUCUAGUCAGCAAUUUCUAACUUCUGAAUUCUCUAAUAAUAUGAUACCUCCUACCAAUUCGUCAUCACUUAUAAAUGAAAAUACAAUACCAGUAUCUCUUGUUCCACAAACAGAUUGGGAUGUAACUGUACAUAAUGAUUGGUCAACAAAUGACACACCAGCAUCACCGCCUUUUCAUGAAAAAAUCUCCUAUCAAAACACUCCCAAUAUUAGUAAAUCUGACGGAGGGCCAGGAAUUGAUCAUUGUGUCUUAGCAUCAAAAGUAAUAGAUAGAGAUGAACGAAUUCCUCAAGAAAUUAUUACUAAAACUUCUGAUAUCGACCAUAGAAACUUAAUAAGUUUGACACAUUCUCCAAGUAUGAAUUCGUCAGUAGUAUCUGUUGAUGUUGAUUACCGAGCAUUUCCUGGUAUUCCCAUGCCACCAUCACCACCAGCUUUGCUUAUGGAAGCUGUAAGUAAACCACAAAAAGAUAAUGUAGAAAGUGUCGACAUGGAUUUGAGUGAUGAUGAUGAGAAGUCUAAAUCAAACCAUGAUCAAAAACAUCCUGUACUUUUACCCCCACCUCUUCCACCACCAAUGCCUUUUGACUUUGACCAACAAAGUGUACCAGAUGUUACAAACCAAUGGGAACAACCAUCCCAACCUUGGAGUCCCACUUUUAAUGAUAACCAGUGGAAUGUAGAACAAUCUGAACCAUGGAAACAUUCUAAUCAGUGGGAAAUAGAGCAAAGUGAUUCAAACUUUGUUCACAAUCAACCUCAACUUCAGUGGCCUCAACAUGCUCAAAGACCAGAUUUUAGGCCAAAAUGGAAAAGAGGAAUUAGUAAUUGGCCAAGAGGCCCUAGAUACUUACCAAUUUCUAGACCACCAAAUAGAUGGACUCUGGGACCACGUUUUGGACCGAGGAAUCAACCUUGGUAACCGGACAUCUACAAUUUUGUCAAAAAUGUGGGACUAUGAUUUUGAUGAAGAAUGAGUAAUUGAAAAUGAGAUCACUCAUUUAAUAUAUAUUUAAAUGUUUAGUUAAUGUUUAAUGUGUUACCAGUGAUACAUUUGUAGUAUUAUAUAAACAAGCGAAAUUUAGUGGAAGGGCCUAGUCAACAGAAUAUCUUGGGUAUUAUUUAACUUCUUUCUUUAAUUAUGUAUAUUCGAUAAAUUAAUACAUAUUUUUAUAUACUCAUGUAUAUAUUUUAUUAUUAUUUUUUUUUUAAUUUUAUUGUUGUAAAGUACAAUAA